AUGGAAGAUGCAGAUCUUUACGAAAGUUUGCCUGUUACGUCAACCAUGUCGACACACAUGGUGGCCGGAGCAGCAGCCGGAGUUUUAGAACACAGUAUCAUGUAUCCUGUAGAUUGUGUCAAGACUAGAAUGCAAAGCUUAGUACCAAAUCCAAAAGCAGAUUAUCGUAGUUUGUCAGAUGCUCUUUCCAAGAUUGUCCGUCAAGAAGGAAUAAAGAACACUGUUAGAGGAAUAAAUUCUGUGGUAUCUGGAGCAGGGCCUGCUCAUGCCAUGUAUUUUGCUUGUUAUGAAAAAAUAAAAGAAAAUUUAAUAAAUGUCAAUAAAACAAACAGUCACAUAGCACAUGGAACUGCUGGUUGUGUGGCUACAGUCUUUCAUGAUCUAAUAAUGAAUCCAGCCGAUGUUGUGAAACAAAGAAUGCAAAUGUUUGGAAGUCCUUAUAAAACCUGUAUUGACUGUGGUAGAACAAUUUUAAAAGAGGAAGGAAUUGGUGCUUUCUAUCGUAGUUUCACAACACAAUUAACUAUGAACAUACCAUUUCAAUGUGUACAAUUUAUGACUUAUGAAAUAAUGCAGGAUAUAUUAAAUAAAGACAGGUCUUAUGAUCCUCUAACCCAUAUUAUAUCUGGUGGGAUUGCAGGUGCUAUGGCUGCCACAGCUACCAUGCCAUUAGAUGUGUGUAAGACAUUAUUAAAUACACAGGAGCAUUGUGCAAGGACUAGAGUCUCCUACAUUAAUGGUAUGUCAGCAGCAUUUAGGACGGUUUAUGAAUUUCAAGGAAUAUCAGGUUAUUUUAGAGGACUGAGAGCUCGUGUUGUUUAUCAAAUACCAUCAACAGGAAUAUCGUGGCUGGUGUAUGAGUUUUUCAAAUUCUAUUUGACUAAAAAGGAGAGUGAUGGAUAUUUACCAGUAAAUCAUUUACCGAUGCCUCAUACAUCUUCUACACCUAAAUAG